ACCUCCAGAGCAGAGUCCCGGCCAAGCCCAAGAACGGAAAGAGACGAAGGAGGAAAAGUUUUUCGAAAUGGAUUUAUUUGGAAGAAUGAGACACUUAUUAUUUUCAUACGUAUUCAUUAAUGGCAUAUUAAUUACUUUACAAACUAAAGAAGAGGUGCUUCUGGACAUGAAGGCAACAGGAGGUGAACUGGGCUGGUUGACAUGGCCAUUAGAUCAGGGAGACAAACAAGGGUGGGAGGUCGUCCAGAGAGCUCUGAACGGCUCUCAGUUUUACUCAUACUCCGUCUGCAAUGUUGGAGAACGCGAGCAGGACAACUGGCUGCGCACCACCUUCAUCCAGCGGCGCCCAUCGGCCUCACGAGUUUUUGUGGAACUUCAGUUUAUUGUACGUGACUGCAACUCAUUUGACGGAGCCUCGUUAACCUGCAAGGAAACCUUCAACCUCUUCACGUCUGAGUCGGAUGCAGAUGUUGGCACAACCUUCCGCAAGGGCCAGUUUAAGAAAGUGGCCACCAUAGCACCUGAUGAAAUCACCGGCAAAAAUGAUGUGCGCAUCAACACAGAGACACGAGUGGUGGAGAACCUGUCCCGAAAAGGUUUCUACUUGGCCUUUCAAGACAUUGGAGCCUGUGUUGCACUUCUCUCUGUCAGGGUCUACUACAAAACCUGCCCAGCCACAGUAAAGAGCCUUGCGUCAUUCCCUGAGACUGUGGCUGGGGGUGAGAACCAGGCGCUAAGGGAAGUGAACGGGGAGUGCGUGGAAAAUGCCGUAAGCGAGGAGCUGCCUCGUAUCUACUGCACGGUGGAUGGGGAGUGGGUGGUGCUAGUUGGACAAUGUCAGUGCAAACCAGGCUAUGAAGAAGCUGAAGACUCAUGUCAAGAAUGUCAGCUUGGCUUCUUCAAAGCUGAAGCAUCUGGUGGCAAGUGUGAGCCGUGUCCUGCCAACACCCAGGGGCUGGAGCCCGGGGCUUUGUCUUGUCCUUGCAUGGACGGCUUCUACCGAGCUCCAUCUGAUCCUCCUACUGGACCCUGCUCAGGCCUCCCCUCUGCCCCACGAGAUCUCUUGGCCACGACCACCCACCUCUCUGCAGGAAAAAUCCUCCUCUCCUGGAGCCCACCCGAAGACACCGGAGGUCGAACCGAUAUCACAUACAGUGUUGAGUGCCAGCGCUGUGAGGGCAUUGUGUGUCAGCCUUGUGGAGAGAGAAUCCGCUAUGAGCCUGCAAACAUGGGUCUAACUGACCCCAAGGUGUCAGUGAGUGACCUGGAUGCCCACCUCAACUACACCUUCACCGUUGAAGCACAUAGCGGCGUGUCAACGUUCGCAAGCCAGGCAAUGCCACGAGCUGCUCGGCCACCACCCACCAGGGCUCUGACUAUAUCCCUGAACUACAUGGAUCCUCCCAAAAUGACUUCCUUGAAACUGGUUGAGAGGACAUCCACCAGCUUGUGCCUUUCCUGGGAUGUAUCCUCUCGAUCACGAGCCCAGUCCCGGCCCAUCCGUUAUGAACUGACCUACCGCAAGAAGGACGAUAACCUGGAUGUGACUACCUUCAGUGUACUCAAACUCGAGAAGAACUCUGUACAGAUCACCAAUCUGGUCCCAGGCACACCAUACCUGUUCAGGGUGCAGGCCCUCAGCAGUGAUAGCGUCACUGGAGGCUCCAGCAUAGAGGAACAGUUUGAGACCUUGCCUGAAGGACACCUUACUUCUAACAACACAGUAUUAAUCCCCACAUUGGUCAUUGGAGGAGUGGUCAUUUUGUUCAUAGUGGCCAUGGUCCUAUUCCUGCGCAGACGAAAAAGAAACUCUCACACCAGACAAGGACCAGAGGACACCUACUUCUCCAGCCCAGAGCAAUUGAAACCUCUGAAGACCUACGUGGAUCCACAUACUUAUGAGGACCCCAACGUAGCUGUCCUAAAGUUCGCCACUGAAAUCCAUCCCAGCCACAUAAGCAAACAGAAAGUCAUUGGAGCUGGGGAGUUUGGCGAAGUGUACCGUGGUAUUCUGAAGGUGCCGGGGAGGAAAGAGGUGGCAGUGGCUAUCAAGACGCUGAAGCCUGGUUACACAGAGAAACAGAGGCAGGAUUUCCUGAGCGAGGCCUCCAUCAUGGGCCAGUUCACCCACCAGAAUAUCAUUCGUCUGGAAGGGGUGGUCACCAAAUGUAAGGAUUUCUUUAAACAUGCAAUGAUCGUGACUGAAUACAUGGAAAAUGGAGCACUGGACAGGUACCUUAAGGACCAUGAUGGGGAGUUUUCCUCCUUCCAGCUGGUGGGCAUGCUUCGUGGUAUUGCUGCAGGCAUGAAAUAUCUCUCUGACAUGAGCUACGUUCACCGCGACCUGGCUGCUCGCAACAUCCUGGUCAACAACACUCUGGAGUGUAAAGUGUCUGACUUCGGUCUGUCCCGAGUACUGGAGGACGACCCUGAGGGGACAUACACCACGAGUGGAGGUAAGAUACCAAUUCGAUGGACAGCUCCAGAGGCGAUAGCAUACAGGAAGUUCACCUCGGCAAGUGAUGUGUGGAGUUUUGGAAUUGUGAUGUGGGAGGUCAUGGCUUUUGGUGAAAGGCCUUACUGGGACAUGAGUAACCAUGAGGUGAUGAAGGCUAUUAACGAGGCGUUCAGGCUGCCUGCCCCUAUGGACUGCCCCUCAGCUGUUUACCAACUGAUGCUGCAGUGCUGGCUCCAGGAUCGUUCCAAGAGGCCGCGCUUCGGAGACAUCGUCAGCCUGCUGGAUAAGCUGCUGAGGAGCCCAGACUCCCUAAAGGCCAUUGCAGACUUUGACCCCCGCGUAUCCAUUCGCCUGCCCAGCACCAGCGGCUCUGAUGGUCCUCCCUUCAGGUCAGUGUCUGAGUGGCUGGAGUCCAUCAAGAUGAGCCAGUACAGCGAGAACUUCACCUGCGCUGGGAUUGUCACCAUGGACCAAGUGCUGCAGAUGAAGAACGAGGAUAUUAAGAACAUCGGGGUGAGGCUGCCAGGACAUUUGAAAAGAAUUGCCUACAGCAUCUUGGGUUUAAAGGACCAGACCAGCACUCUAAGUGUAUUUGCAGUGUGAUCCUUGCAAUGAAGGGAAUUAAAAUCAGGCACUGCAGCAGGGAGCCCUUUGGACUCUAAGCUGAGCUGGAGCAACACUACAGGGACGGCUUUGGAGCAACAGAGCCAAGAGAACUGUGUCGGGCCAACUCAAUCAGACUGACUUACUGUACAUUUUUUUGAUUUCUUCAUCUUAUCCACAGGGAAUGGAACAAAUACACAACAAUAGAUGUAUCAAGUAGACUCUGUAUAUUGAAAUAUCUAUUUUUUAUUAUCAAUUACUUUUGUACAGAUGCAUUUGAUUUUUCUUUGAAUUUUCCAUUCCUGCAUCACAAACGUCAGCAGAUCAAUUUGCUCCAGGGAAAGGCUUCAGCUUUACAAAAUUGCACCAUGAGCUCGUCGCAUUGAACGAACAAGGGAAGAGCGAUAGUGUGAUGAUAUGGGAGCAGCCUGUGGUUGGUGCCGAUGUCGCAGAAUCUCCUUUUAACUGGCACUUUGUGCCAUUCCUGUUUUGUCAAAUGACAACGGGGCUUAUAUAUAGAGGGCAGAAAUGAGCAUGAGCUGGUCCAGAGUUAAAGAGACGGUGUUGCUUGGGUGUAUAAACACAGACGGACCUGUUUUUACUGCUGGCCCUGUGCAGAAAUUAAGCUAUAAUCUUCUAAGUGAUGUUUAGAUAAAAAAGAAAAAGAGAGGAUAUGUAUGAGGUACUCUUUGUGUACAGAUUGACUUUUUUUUCUCUUGUUUGUGUUUGGGCGAUUACCAAAAACAUAAGAUUUUAAAAUGUAGCACUUGGAUCAAGAAUCAAAUGAUCUUGGUUUGUCUCAGAAAUGGUAAGAAAAAAGGGCAAUUACUCUCCAAAUCCUAAACCAAAUAAAACCAUAUCAAAGAGGGGAAAUUGCAUUGAUGAGUUUGAUUUAGAAUGCAGCUGUUAUUAGUGAACCGGCAAUGAAGAUAGAAAUUACAGAAAUGAAAAAACAAAAAGAAUGAUUGUGGCUGAGAUGAUUUCAUACUUUAAUGGUUUGGUUUGAAAUUUCAAUGUCUCAUUUCCAAGCUUUACAAAUAUUAAUUUUAUUUCUGUUGGUUUGAGGAACACUUUGACAGGAUUUUGACUCAUUCCAAACUUUAUAAUAACUUUAUAAUACUUAAGUGCCUCUUUAUGGAAGAUUAGUGAGAGUCCACUGUUUAAAUGAAAUGGCUCUCCGGUGCAGUGUGGACAGACUCCCCCAGUGCUCUUAAUUGAUGACUGCAAAUCAUUGUGUUACUGAUGUUCCUGUACUUGAAUUUUUACUGUAUUUUCAAAUGUAUCUAUGAUUCUAUCGUAGCAGAUAGACCCAUCUUUGGAAAAUGGAUUUUUGCUUGUUAUUACUCUGGUUUAUUGGUUGCAGUUAUGUUUUGUAAAUUUUUGCCACACUGUUUAUUUUUCUAAGACCCCGCCACUUUCCGAAGCGAUGUCUCACCACUUUUGAGAGUUUCUUCAUCAAACAGCCUUCCUUUGCCAAUUCCUUCCUUUUUGCCUGUUGUUUUAUACUGUAUUUAAUAGUCUAUUUAUUUUUAACUUUUAUUUAUUUAUCCUGAUAAACACUGAGCUGGGUUUAUAAUUGGAGUUUGCUGUCUCACUCUUAAUAAUAAUAAAAAGAACGCUCUAAUGUCCUUCUCUUUUCUUCUAUUUUUCAUACCUGAAAUUACCGUUGUUGGAUUUGUGGAGCAAUAAAGUCUUAAAAUGAA